AUCGACCUGAUAUGCAACUUCUACUUUCUACUGCACUUUGUGAUCAAAUACGUGGCAGCAAGCGACAAGUUGAGGUAUUGGCUGCAACUGACGUCAGUCGUCGACAUGUUCACCAUUCCUCCGCUCCUGGCUGCCAUCCACCUGAAGAAACAUUGGAUCGGCAUCAGGUUUGUCUGCGCGUUUCGUCUCAUAGAUUUUUCAGACGUGCUUCAAUCAUUGGGCAUCUUCAGAACUACAAAUCCCGUCAAACUCUUCAGGCUGCUCACAAUCUUCUUAAGCGUCUGCAUCGUUUCUGCGGGGUUUGUUUUUUUGUUGGAGAACUCUGGCGAUCCGUUCCGCUGCUACUCCAACUCGCAGUAUUUAUCAAUUUGGAACAGCCUCUAUUUCAUUUUCAUCACUCUGUCCACUGUUGGCUACGGAGAUAUUUUGUGUUACACAGUGCUUGGGAGGGUAUUUAUCUGCAUCUUCAUCGUAGGAGCCAUUAGCCUAUUUGCCGGCUACAUUCCUGAAAUAAUCGAAAUUAUGAGCGAUUACAGAACGAAGUAUGCCGUCGAAUACAAGCGGGAAGGAGGCGUCAGACACUUGAUCGUUGGAGGGCACAUAUCGUUCAGCACAGUGAGCAGCUUGAUGCGAAACUUCACGCACAACGAUCGACUCAACCAAAACCUCAAAUGUGUCAUACUUGAUGAGUUAGAACCGUCGAUGGAGUUGGAAACACUGUACAAACGUUACUACAACUACAUAGUGUUCGUGAAGGGCUCCAUGAUGGCGAUCAAGAACUUGAAAAGUGUCAGGCUUGCUCAGGCGGAUGUUGUCCUUAUACUCACCAACCAGUCCGCUGUUUGCGCCGAUACCGAAGAUACGAAGAACAUAAUGAAAGCCAUCGCAGUGAAGAAUUAUUUCUCCGAUUCUAGAAUAAUACUUCAAUUAUUAAAAGCCGAAAACAAGACAAUCUGCAAGAACCUUCCAUUUUGGACGAGUAGUGACCACAUAAUCUGCUUCACUGAGAUGAAGAUGGCCUUCAUGGCAGCUGGAUGUCUCGCUCCUGGCUUCUCCACCUUCCUAUCCAAUCUCUUGUUCAUGUUUUCCUACAGUAAAAAAGUUGCUGAAUGGCAGAACGAAUAUUUGAAGGGAGUUGACAUGGAGGUGUACACUGAGAGGUUCUCAGCGUUUUUCUACGGAAGACCCAUCCACGAAGUUGUCGACUUCUGCUACACCAAACUCCGCCUGCUUCUUGUGGCUGUUGAGGAAGAUUGUGCUAAU